AAUAGAUAUAAAGAGAUGGCGGACAACGAUUUGGAUGUCAGUUGGCGGUAAACGGCUUCAAAGAAUUUUGGACAUGCGUUUACACAACUGGACCGGUGUUGGCGCUCCCUCGGCCUUACAGAGCAGAGCAAUGGGUUUGGAGGGAACAGAAGUCCUUCAUCGACUAGGAUGGAAUCUUCCUAAGGAAGAACUAAUUCAUAUACAGGAACACUGGCUCACUUUUCUGGAACCACCAGCAUCAAUGCAUUUCCUGCUAGGCUUGGUAUAUAUUGGCUUCUUCCUCAUGGCUAUAAUCGGGAAUGGGUUGGUGCUAUGGAUUUUUUCAUCCGCUAAAAGUUUAAGGACCGCAUCGAACAUGUUUGUGGUGAAUUUGGCCUUCUGCGAUUUCGUGAUGAUGCUGAAGACACCUAUCUUCAUAUACAACUCUUUCUACAGGGGAUUUGCGUUAGGUCAAUUAGGUUGCCAGAUAUUCGCUUUUAUGGGAUCACUAUCUGGGAUCGGCGCUGGCAUGACGAAUGCAUUCAUAGCAUACGACAGAUACACCACCAUUACGAAACCCUUCGAUGGUAAAUUGACGAGAACGAAGGCCUUUGUUUUCAUACUGUUGAUUUGGCUGUAUACGAUACCGUGGGCUGUGAUGCCGUUAACUGAAGUAUGGGGGAGAUUUGGACCAGAGGGUUUCCUAACAGCUUGUACGUUCGAUUAUUUAACGAAUACCUUCGACAACAAAAUGUUUGUUGGCUCAAUCUUUUUCUGUUCUUACUGCAUUCCAAUGAGUAUGAUAGUAUAUUUCUACAGUAAAAUAGUCAGUACUGUAUUCAAUCAUGAAAAAGCACUACGAGAACAGGCUAAGAAAAUGAACGUAGAUUCUUUGCGGAGCAAUCAGAAUCAAGGAAGUCAGACUGCAGAAGUGCGAAUAGCGAAAGCUGCCAUCACUAUCUGUUUCCUGUUCGUUGCUUCUUGGACACCCUACGCUGUGUUAGCUCUAAUUGGAGCAUUUGGUGAUCAGAAACUAUUAACACCAGGUGUUUCGAUGAUACCAGCAUGCACAUGCAAGUUUGUUGCAUGUUUAGAUCCUUACGUGUAUGCUAUCAGUCAUCCAAGAUACAGACAAGAGCUCCAGAAGAGGAUGCCAUGGUUGGCUAUCAACGAACCAGCUGAAGAUACCAAAUCUGUUGCAACUGCUGCGACACAAAACAACGAACAAGAACAGAAAGCGUAAUAAGCAACAUCUAAAUCUGUGAAAAAAGGUACUUGUAAGAGAAUACUGAUUGCUCUGUGAUGUGAUAUAGUAUCUUCUUUAUUUUUAAGGUUGUUCAUAUCCUUCUUUUUGUAUAAAUCAUCUUCUACACGAAUAUUUAUAAAUGAGUAAUAUUUUUCAUGGAUAUUUGUAGUUUAUAUUGAAGGAUUUCUCUUCAUACUUGGAAAUAAGACUAUUUGAACGGUAAAGGAUACGAGUAAAUGUUGAAUGCUUGGAACUGUAUAAAAAAUCCCAUAUAUAUUAAAAUCCCAUAAUAAAUUCCUGAACAUUGAAA